AUGGACCCGAAAGAUUACGAUGAGGUGCUAUCAGACCCGCAGCAAGUCAGCGACCGCAUCUACGGAAGUAAGAUCGUCAUUGGCUUGGAACAGUGCAUGUUGGUCUCAACAUGGGGCGUCAAGGCGUGUAUGCUGAUUCUCUACUGGAGAAUCACGCAAAACCUCCGUUCCAAUCUAUACAUCAAAAUACUCUGUGUGUAUGUAGCACUCGGCUUCGUCGUUAUCAUGGUCACGUACUAUGGAGUGUACUGUCGGCCCUUCAAGCAAUAUUGGGCUAUGCCGGUGCAAAACAUGCAAUGUGCGACCUACCAACGCUACUCAAUCACGCAAGCAGUUUUCAACAUCUCAUCGGAUGCCAUGAUGUUUGCCGUUCCGAUUCCACUCCUCGUCAAAGCGCAGCUCAAGCGACGCCGAAAGGUUUUGCUAAUGGGUGUCAUGAGUCUGGGCCUGUUUACCAUCAUUGCCGCUAUCCUCAACAAAUACUUCAAUUUUGCCUCUCCGCUCACAACCACGUAUCAAAUUUGGUACAUCCGUGAAGCAAGCACCGCCAUCUAUGUCGCCAACUUGAUGUGCUGGUGGCCUCUAUUGCGGAAGCUGUUCGGCCUCAAGGCCUUCUCGUACAACAGCAACCGUGGCAACAGAGCCCGAAACCCCAACAAUCAGAAUAAAGACGGCAGUAGUUACGCUGAAGGCUCUCGAUCUCGACCAUCCGUGUCACUUCCUUGCCCAUUGAAGUUCAUGCGACCGGGCUUCCGCCAUGCGGGUCAGAACGGUCAUACUGGGGGACCUGGGGAUACAUACCGCUCCAGCCAGGAGGCUAUUACGCACGCUUCGAACGACGAUAUGGAAGAAAUCCAUAGAAUUGACGCUGUUGCGCUGGAAGACUGGAAUAAGAAACCCAAUCACGACCUCGAUCUCGAAGAUCAAAAAGGGAAUAGUCAGGAUUCCAUUACAGUGUUCGAGACGGAUCAAUCGAAAAGCUCGUCCCGCCAGGACCACGUUCACAAAGUGAUAUGA